AUGGAGCCUGAACCUACUUUAUCUACUGGUUCAGAAGUUCCACAUGUUCAGUUAGAUGUAGAAGGAAGAAAGUCCAAUAAGUAUUGGACAGUUGAUUUGGAAGAUGCAAAUGGAGUGAUUAAGGAAGGUCACUUAAGGUUGAAAGAUGUGUGGGUGAUGUCUCGUGAGACUAGAAUUAUAGUGCAUUGGAAUGAGCAUGGCCAACCGAUUGGUGAAUCUGGUGGACUUUUAGGCUUGUUUUUGGGAGCUGUUGCUGGGAAUUUCAAGAACUUUCCUAUAAGUUAUGAGAAAUGGCCUUUGAGAUUCUUUAAAGUUGAUGACGGACAGCAAAAAAAGUACAUACUACAAAAUCAUGGCAGGAAGUGGAAAGAUAAUAGAUGCAAAUUGUUUAAUGACAAUUAUAAUUCGGAUCUUACUAGAGAGCAAAAUAUAGCAGUGUUACCAAAAGGAUUUGGAGUCAACUUAGAGCAAUGGGAUAUGUGUGAGAAAAAUGCAAGUAAUCGAGAAAAACAAACAAUUCCUCAUACACUCGGAUCCAAGACGAUUGUUAGGAAGAAACACGAGUUGGAACAAUUAACUUUGCUUCAAGCUAAUGAGACUUGUACUGAUGAUGCAUAUGUCAAGUUAUUUGGAAUAGAACACCCGGGUCGUGUUAAAGGUGUAGCAUUUGGUGUUUGUCCAUCCCAAGUCAUGAAAUCUUCUAAUAUUUUUGGAGGGGUAUCUUCUUCAUGCAAUCAUGACUUUGAUAUGGCUAAAGUUCGCUCUAUGGAAGUAGAAUUACAAGAGAAUAAAGCAACAAUUUCUUUAUUAUAA